UAUUUGAAUGCAUUCUUCAUUGAGAUUCUUCCUUCUAUUAGCACAUAUGGAAGGCACCAUUACUUCUUUCUGGGUUCUUUUGCUUGUUCUGAUUCUCUCCUCUGGGUUCCUCCACCUUGAAACCGUUAAAUUUGGUCUGUGCAGUGACACUUAUAAUGUCAGUUGCAUUGCAGGGGAAAGAAAUGCUCUUCUCAACCUCAAACAAGGCCUCACAGAUCCCUCAGGUAGGCUGUCCUCUUGGACAGGUGAAAAUUGCUGUAGCUGGGCUGGAGUGCGGUGCAAAGACCAGAGUGGACAUGUCACCAAGCUCAAACUACGUAACACAUACUCAAGCAGUCCUGAUGUUGAUGGAACAGCAUAUGCAUUAGGCGGUGAGAUACAUCCUUCUUUGCUUCAUUUGAAAUAUUUGAGGUACUUAGACUUGAGCAUGAACAACUUUGGAGGAAUCACAAUUCCUAACUUCAUUGGAUCACUUAAGACAUUGAGAUAUCUCAAUCUCUCAGGUGCAUCCUUUGGAGGAAAUAUUCCUCCACAUUUAGGAAACCUCACCCACCUGCACUAUCUUGAUCUUAGUGUUAGUUUUGGCUCGUCAAUUGAGAGUGAACUGCACUGGCUACCAGGUUUAUCUUCUUUGAAGUACCUGAAUUUGGGUGGUGUUGACCUGGGAAAGACAGAAAAUUACUGGCUGCAAACUGUUAACAUGCUUCCCUCACUUGUUGAGUUGCACUUGCCUACUUGUGGUCUUUCAACUCUUCCUCUCUCUCUUCCCCUUGUUAACCUUUCCUCUUUGUUUGUCAUUGAUCUUUCCCAAAAUGGAUUCAACUCCUCAAUACCUCCUUGGCUUUUCAACAUUAGCCAACUUGUGUAUCUUGAUCUCAGAUCUAACAAUCUCAGAGGCAUAAUUCCUGAUGGCUUUGCCAGCCUAAACCUCCUUCAACACCUUCACUUGUCUGAGAAUUCAUUUAUCCAAGGCAAGCUAUCGAGAAAGAAUCUAGGAAGCCUCUGCAAUUUGCGUGUUCUUGAUCUGUCUGUCAAUCAAAUUAGUGGUGACCUAGCUGAAUUCACUGAUUCUUUGUCUAAAUGCAAAAACUGUAGCUUGGAGUCAUUGCAUUUGGGUUACAAUGAACUGGGUGGCUUUCUUCCUGGUUCCCUGGGAAACUUAAGAAACCUAAAACGUCUUUCACUCAUGAACAACCCUUUUGUUGGUUCAAUUCCAGAAUCUAUUGGAAAUUUGUCUUCCCUACAGGAAUUCUAUCUCUCAGAAAAUGGAAUGAAAGGAACAAUUCCAGCCAGCCUUGGACAACUCUCAUCAUUAGUUUACCUAGAUAUAAAAGGUAAUCAGUGGGAGGGAGUCCUAACACAAGCUCAUUUUUCUAAUCUCACAAGCUUAAAGGAGCUAUCCAUUGUCCAAGCCUACAAGAAUAUCACCUUGAUUUUCAAUGUGAGUUCUGACUGGAUUCCUCCUUUUAAACUUAGAUACCUCAACCUCAAAUCAUGCCAAGUAGGCCCUGAAUUUCCUCCAUGGUUAAGAAAUCAAAAUGAGUUAAACUCCGUAUCUGUCUGGAAUGCUAGGAUCUCAGGCACCAUACCAGAGUGGUUUUGGAAGUUAGAUUUGGUUCUGAAUGAUCUGGACUUCAGUAACAAUCAAUUAACUGCUACAGUGCCAAACACUAUAAAGUUCAACCCCUCGGCUACAGUUUUCUUGAACUCUAAUCACUUCACAGGCCCUUUGCCGGUAUUGUCAUCAAAUGUGAGUUCAUUUCAUUUAGACAAUAAUUUGUUUUCUGGAGCAAUUCCCGAAGAUAUUGGCCAAAAAAUGCCUAAUUUGACUGAUUUUGAUAUCUCUUACAACUCUCUAAGUGGUUCUAUUCCAUUGUCCAUUAGAAAGCUGAAUUUCUUGUUCACUUUUGUCAUCUCCAAUAAUCAUUUGACUGGCACAAUUCCUGACCGCACUAGAAAUGAGAAAAUCUACCUUGGAAUCAUAAGUCAGUCAAAGUUCUUUCUCCCCUUGUUGGCAGAGUCAGGCAUUCUGCUCAAAAGGAGUCAAAGAUUUUUCUGCCUUAAAACCAUCCAACUUGUCUCGUGCCAUGGUGAUCUUCAAGUGAAUUGCAUAAAAAAUGAGAGGGAGGCACUUUUGAAGUUUAAAGAAAGCCUGACAGAUCCAUCAGGAAGACUUUCCUCUUGGUUUGGAGAAGACUGCUGCAAAUGGAAGGGGGUACAGUGUGACAAAAAGACCAGGCAUAUCGUGGAGCUCAAGCUACGCAAUCCACGACCAGGUGUUGUUAAAGAUGAUGGGACAACUUACAAUCUUGGGGGUGAGAUAAAUCCUUCAUUGCUCAAUCUGAAGCAUUUAAACCACUUAGACUUGAGCUUGAACGAUUUUGGAGGACGAACAAUACCUGAAUUCUUUGGUUCACUAGAGAAGUUAAGGUACCUUAAUCUCUCUGGUGCUGCGUUUGGAGGGUAUGUCCCUCCAAAUCUGGGUAAUCUUUCAAACUUGCACUAUCUUGAUCUUAACACAAAUUUUUAUGCAUCACAAGAAGGUGACUUGAAAUGGAUCACCAAUCUUUCCUCUCUGCAAUACCUUAAUUUGGGAGGUGUGAACCUCAGCAGUACCGCAGACAAUUGGCUACAAGUCAUUACCAUGAUGCCUUGCCUUUCUGAGCUGCAUCUCCCUUCUUGUGGACUCUCCGAACUGCACCAAACCCCCUCUUCUGUUAACUUUUCUUCACUCCGGGUUCUUGAUCUCUCCAAUAAUGGCUUCAACUCCUCACUACCUGAUUGGUUGUUUGAGCUCCAAAAGCUUGAAUACCUUGAUCUCAACUCUAACAAUCUUGGAGGCAAUUUCUCAGCAACAUUUUCUAACAUAACGUCCCUCCAGAUGCUUGAUUUGUCCCAGAAUUCAUUUAUUCCAGGUCAGAUACCAACAUCGUUAGGGUAUCUUUGCAAUCUAAAAACGUUGGUCUUGUCUACUAACAACCUCAUUGGUGAGGUAACCGACUUCUUUGAUGUUCUUUCUAUGUGCGGCAACAGUAGCUUAGAGACACUAGAUUUGGGGGAUAAUCAACUAGGCGGUUUCCUUCCCAACUCACUUGGACACUUCAAAAAACUGAAGCAUCUUCAACUAUGGGAGAAUUCCUUUGUGGGUUCAAUUCCGGAUUCAAUUGGGAACCUGUCAUCAUUGGAGGAAUUCUACCUGAAUAACAACAAGAUGAACGGACCUAUCCCGGAGAGUCUAGGAAAAUUAUCAGAACUAGUUGCACUAGAUAUCUCAGAAAAUUCAUGGACCGGUGUUGUUUCAGAAGCUCAUUUCUUCAAUCUCACCAGCUUGAAAGAUAUGGUAAUUGCCAAGUUCUCCUUGUCUCCAGACCUCACCCUGUUCUUCAAUGUGAGUCCUGGUUGGAUUCCCCCUUUCAAGCUUGAAUUCCUCAAGCUGAGAUCAUGCCAGGUUGGCCCCAAAUUUCCUGGAUGGCUUAGAAACCAAGAUCAGCUAAGUACUGUUGUUCUUCGGAACACAAAAAUUUCAGAUAUAAUACCUGAAUGGUUCUGGGAAUUGGGUUUGUCCCUGGAUGAACUUGAUCUUGGUUAUAACCAAAUAAGUGGGAGAAUUCCAAACUCACUGAAGUUUCGUCCUCAAUCAACAGUUUACCUUAACUGGAAUUGCUUUUGGGGUCCUCUGCCGCUGUGGUCUGCAAAUUUAAGUGAACUGCACUUGAGCAACAACUCAUUUUUUGGGCCCAUCCCUCCAGACAUCGGUGAAAAGAUGUCACUGUUAACGGACAUAGAUAUCUCCUACAACUCUCUCAUUGGAGCUAUCCCUUCCUCCAUCAGUAACCUGACUACUUUGACAACUCUUGUCGUCUCCAACAACUAUCUCUCUGGUAAAACUCCGGAAUUCUGGGAUAAUCUUCCAUUUCUGUAUGCUCUGGACAUGUCAAACAACUGUUUAUCUGGAAAGAUACCAAGCUCCAUUGGCUCUCUGAGUUACCUCAGAUUCUUGAUGCUGAGCGACAAUCAUCUUUCUGGGAAAAUUCCUACAGCUUUGCAAAACUGCUCGAACAUGGACACCCUUGAUUUUGGAAACAAUGAACUGACAGGAAAAAUACCUGAGUGGUUUGGAGAAAGGAUUCCAACUCUUCUGAUACUGCGCCUCCGAUCAAAUUUCUUUCAUGGAGAUAUUCCGGACGAAUUAUGCAACCUCUCCGGUCUUCACAUACUGGACCUGGCAGAAAAUAAUCUAUCGGGAUCAAUUCCACCAUGUGUUGGGAAUUUGAAGGGCAUGGCAAUGGAUCUUCAGUCUGUAAGAUAUGAAGGACAGUUGUGGGUGGCAACAAAAGGAACGGAAUACUUUUAUACUGCCAGUGUACUCUACCUUGUGAACAGCAUUGAUCUCUCAAGCAACAGGCUAGGCGGGGAGGUACCGGAGCUGAGGAAUCUUUCGAGAUUAGUCACAUUGAACUUGUCCCGAAACCAUCUGACUGGGAAGAUCCCUGAGAGCAUCGGGAACUUGCUGCAUUUGGAAAGCCUAGACCUGUCCAGGAAUCAACUUUCUGACCUCAUCCCACCCAGCAUGGCUGCUUCCACAUUUCUGGCUCACUUGGACCUCUCAUACAACAACCUCACCGGAGAAAUCCCAAGUAGUAACCAGUUUCAAACCUUCAAUGAUCCGUCCAUUUAUGAGGGUAAUCCCGGCCUUUGUGGGGUCCCUCUACCAACCAAGUGCUCCAGGGACGAUGGUGAGGUACCCCCUCCAACAGGAAGAAAACAAGAAACGGAAGGUGCAGUUAGGAAGGAACAGAUGGGGCUUUAUAUCAGCGCUGCUCUGGGUUUUGUGGUGGGGUUUUGGGGAGUUUGUGGAACACUAGUGAUUAAGAAUUCCUGGAGGAUUGCUUAUUUCCAAUUUGUCAACAACAUGAAAGAAAGGAUAAUUAUCCUUGCCUCGGUGGUGUUAGCUCGCUUGAUAAGAUUGAUAAACCCCCGAGAAUAGGAGGACAGAUCUCGUGUUGGAUUUUGUAACAUGAAAUAAUCUAAUAAUAGAAUGUACAACCA